AGCUAGGCGGACUCGGUUCUGCUCUCGUGUUCUUGUUCGAGGAGAUCUUGGCACCGGAGCAGCGCGCGACGGAACUGGACGCUAAGGUGGUGCUGGGCGGCGCGCGCGGUGGUGGUCUGUCCGUCUGUGGUCCGUGAUGACGGGCUCGGGCUCGGGCUCGGGUUCGGGCAGACUCCCGCACCUCGGGGUGCUGCUGCUCGCGGCGGUUCUGCUGCAGACGGUGUCCGUGACGGUCACCGUGUUGUACUUCUCCAGUGCGCUCAGCUCGAUGAGGGAGACGUUCGCGCGGAGCAGCGUGUCUUGCUUUACGCGCGGCGACCCGUCGGCGAGCGAGACGCGGGGCGAUCCGUGCUGGCAGGUCACUCAACAACUGCACGCGCUCAUUGAAAAGUCCAUGUCUCAGCGCUACCAGGGCCAGAUCUCGUCCGCCGUGAGAGAUGAGGUUUCCCGCGUGCUUCCCUCGCUAGUGGCGGAUGAACCGCCCCCCCACCGUCCCAAAGUGGCCGCCCACGUCACCGGCAGCUUCGUACCCCCGAUGGGCGGCGGCGGCAGAGGCUCUCCCAGCCGUCGGGUGCAGGGCCAAAAGAUCUCCUGGUGGGAGGGGCGGAAGGGCCUGGCCUUCCUCCAGGACGUCCAGCUGUUGGACGGGGAGCUGGUGGUCCCCCGGCCUGGCCUCUACUACGUCUACGCCCAGACCUACUUCAGACACACUCACCCCGUGGCGGAGGAGGAAGACAAAGAGCAGCCGGAGAACCAGGGCGACCGGGACGUCGGAAAGCCCCUGCUGCAGUACAUUUACCAGAAGAUGAACUCUUACCCGGAUCCCAUCCUGCUGAUGAAGACGAGCCGGACGUCCUGCUGGUCUCGCGGUUCCCAGUUCUCUCUGCACUCCGCCCACCAGGGGGGGCUGUUCCCGCUCAGCACGGGGGACCGGCUCUUCGUCACCGUUAGCAACGCCUCUGCCGUAGACAUGGACGAGAAAAGCAGCUUCUUCGGGGCUUUCCUUGUCAGCUAGCGUGUGCGUGCGUCUGGCGCGCAUGCAUGGGCGUGUCCUAAUGGAUUAAAAAGGGCGGGAAACGUAGACAUUUCUGGAAGGGAAGUCGAAGUGAAUUCCCUCUUUGUUUUGUUGGCCCUUUUAAAAAGGCAGAUAAAAACGUUUGGCUACCUUUGCUACUGGGGUAGAUGUGUGGGCGUGAGAGGGACUAUGCCAAGAUCAUCUCAAAUCAAAUGUGUUUUAAAGUAAACAAGGCCAGCUAAUGUAGCAGUUUGUUAAAGUGUGCUUUAUAUCUGGGGAGGGACUGAGUUUAUGUGUGCAUGCCUUUCUGCAUACCAUAUCCCACGUAAUGCAGAAAGGCGAGGGGUAAACAAAUAAACAGAAAUGCACAUGCUUGAUUCAUUUCUGAUGUUCGGGAAAUGAAAAGAAAGCUGAUACCUUUGUUAUGUCGUUAUGGAUUAUCUCCAAUGAUGCUCCUUUUAUCGUUUUGUAUUUCUCAUUCUUUGCCGCUUGUAACACGCGACUUCCGGUUCUUUCUCCUUACUGGGUCACGAACCGGAAGUUGUACGUACAUCGGGCACAUUUAUUCGUCGACGCAAAUCGUUUUUUUUCCUUCAAACCAGCCUAAGCGUACUUCUUCAUAAGCACGUUAGAUCUUAAUGUAGCUCUAUGGAUCAAUACAGAUUAAAUAUGAUGGGCUUUUCAGCUGUUCUCUAAAUAUAGGACCACCUCCUGUAUUUUUAUACUUUGUUUAUGAAUGUAUAUAUAAUUUUUGAGAGAGAUUGAGGCGUAAAUGACCUGUUUUUUAACAGAUCAAAACGUACCAAAAAUAAUGAUAUUUGAAGUGUGUGAGCAGUUUGUCAGUGCCAAAAAAAGUCUGUUUUGUGUUUUUUUUUUUUCAUUUCAGCA